AUGGCUCGUAAAAUAGUGAACCGGUGUGUUGAGUGUAGGCAACGGUUUGGUAAAGUUAUGCUGCAAAAAAUGGCAAACCUUCCCGAGGACCGACUAGAAUAUGGUGAAGCACCAUUGACUAACGCUGGUAUGGACUACUUCGGCCCGCUUGAAGUGAAGCAAGGAAGAAGUUCGGUGAAGUAUGGUGUUGUUUUUGCAUGCAUGGCAUGUAAAGCUAUACACUUGGAAGUAGCCGAUUCAUUGGACAUAGACGCAUGUGUAAAUGCUAUUCGACGAUUUGUCUCACGCCCUGGACCUGUGAAGCUAGUACGUUCCGACAAUGGUACCAAUAUAGUUGGAGCUCAAAGGGAGAUGAAGCAAGAAAUUCAAAAAUGGAAUCAAUCAAAUAUUCAUGACAGCCUACUCCAACGAGGCAUUGAUUGGGUCUUUAAUCCUCCGUCGGGAUCCCACCACGGAGGCAUAUGGGAGAGACAGAUCAGAAGUAUUCGUAAGAUAAUGUGCUCCCUUGUGAGAGAACAGAGUUUAACACAUGACACACUUGUAACAUUUAUGUGCGAAGUUGAAGCAAUCAUAAAUGGAAGACCAAUAACUAAAUCACAAGAAGAUCCAAAUGAUCUUGAGCCUUUGUCUCCUAAUCAUCUUCUGCAACUGAAGAGUAGCAAAAACUUACCUCCAUUGGUUGAUGAGAAAAACAUAUCGUACCAUUGUAGACGAUGGCGAAAAGUUCAAUAUCUUGCAGACACAUUUUGGAAAAGAUGGACUCGUGAGUAUUUGCCGACACUUCAGAAAUGUCAGCGUUGGUUGGAGCCUAAGCGAAACGCCAGGGUUGGUGAUAUAGUUUUGGUUUUAAAUGAGAACACUCCCAGAAAUACAUGGCCACUUGGGAAAAUAAUUCAAGUUUUUUCAAACAAAGACAGUUUUGUGCGCAGAGUGAGAGUCAAGACGCAAAUAAACACACUUUUAAGACCAGUGGACAAGAUUAUGUUUAUUGUUUUAGGGAGAUGA